CGGGCCGUUUCCGCUUCCGCCUUAACGUUCCGUCUCCGUCAGUCGCAGCGAGUCCUCUCUAGGCCGCCGCGGCGGGGAGCGGAAGUUUCGGGCUGGGGCUGGGGCCGGGCCGGGCGGCGCUGAGGUAUGCAUGUUUUACAGAAUGAAGCUAAAUAUGUUGCUUAUCUGAAGGAGCCACAGUUGCUUUGACAACAGCUUUGUGAGAACAUCAAUUUCAGAUUAUCCAUUUACUGAGGAAUAACAUAGUGAAGAAGGCAAAAUUCAAAUAAUUGAAGUCAGCCUGCCGGUGAAGAUGUCGCUCUCUAAACGGGAAUUGGAUGAGCUGAAGCCAUGGAUCGAGAAGACAGUGAAGCGGGUCCUGGGUUUCUCAGAACCCACUGUGGUCACUGCAGCAUUGAACUGUGUUGGGAAGGGAAUGGACAAAAAGAAAGCAGCUGACCAUCUGAAGCCUUUUCUUGAUGAUUCCACUCUGCGGUUUGUUGACAAGCUCUUUGAAGCUGUAGAGGAAGGACGAAGCUCCAGGCACUCAAAAUCCAACAGUGACCGGAACCGAAAGAGAGAAUUGAAGGAUGUGUUUGGGGAUGACUCUGAGAUCUCCAAGGAGUCUUCCGGCGUUAAGAAGCGGCGUAUUCCACGUUUUGAGGAGGUAGAGGAGGAGCCGGAGGUUAUCCCAGGCCCGCCUUCAGAGAGUCCUGGAAUGCUGACCAAGCUACAGAUCAAACAGAUGAUGGAGGCAGCAACACGUCAGAUUGAGGAGAGGAAAAAGCAACUGAGUUUCAUCAGUCCUCCUGCACCCCAGCCAAAAACUCCCUCUUCAUCCCAGCCAGAGCGUCUCCCCAUCGGCAAUACCAUCCAGCCCUCGCAGGCAGCCACGUUCAUGAAUGAUGCUAUUGAGAAAGCCAGGAAAGCGGCUGAAUUGCAGGCCCGAAUCCAGGCUCAGCUGGCCUUGAAACCUGGGCUCAUUGGCAAUGCCAACAUGGUGGGGUUGGCCAACCUGCAUGCAAUGGGAAUCGCACCUCCGAAAGUAGAGCUAAAGGACCAGACAAAGCCUACCCCAUUGAUCCUGGACGAACAAGGCCGAACUGUUGAUGCGACUGGUAAAGAGAUUGAGUUGACGCACCGUAUGCCGACCCUAAAAGCAAACAUCAGGGCUGUGAAGAGGGAGCAGUUUAAACAGCAGCUCAAAGAGAAACCUUCUGAAGACAUGGAAUCCAACACUUACUUUGACCCCCGGGUCUCCAUAGCCUCAUCUCAACGUCAGAAACGCACCUUUAAGUUCCAUGACAAAGGCAAAUUUGAAAAAAUUGCACAGAGGUUACGAACAAAGGCUCAACUAGAAAAAUUACAGGCAGAGAUCUCUCAAGCUGCCAGAAAGACUGGGAUCCACACCUCUACCAAACUAGCUCUUAUUACCCCGAAAAAGGAGCUGAAAGAAGGGGAGAUCCCUGAGAUAGAGUGGUGGGAUUCGUAUAUCAUCCCUAAUGGCUUUGACCUAACAGCUGGAGUCUACUCUAAAAGAGACGACUACUUUGGGAUCACAAACCUUGUGGAACACCCAGCACAGUUAAGCCCACCAGUGGACAGUGACACACCAGUGACUCUGGGCGUUUAUCUAACUAAAAAAGAGCAGAAGAAGUUACGACGUCAGACGCGGAGAGAAGCACAGAAGGAACUGCAGGAGAAAGUCAGGCUGGGCCUAAUGCCGCCUCCUGAACCAAAAGUAAGAAUUUCUAACCUGAUGCGAGUACUGGGGACAGAAGCUGUUCAGGACCCGACAAAAGUGGAAGCUCACGUUAGAGCACAGAUGGCAAAGAGACAGAAAGCUCAUGAAGAGGCAAAUGCUGCACGAAAACUAACAGCAGAACAGAGAAAAGCAAAGAAGGUUAAAAAACUUAAAGAAGAUAUUUCACAGGGAGUGCAUAUAUCUGUGUACAGAGUCAGAAAUCUGGGCAACCCAGCAAAAAAAUUCAAAAUUGAAGCAAAUGCUGGGCAACUGUACUUAACAGGAGUGGUGGUUUUACACAAAGACGUCAACGUGGUGGUAGUAGAAGGAGGCCCAAAAGCACAGAAGAAAUUCAAACGUCUUAUGCUCCAUCGAAUAAAGUGGGACGAGCAGACAUCAAACACGAAGGGAGAUGAUGAUGAUGAAUCUGAUGAGGAGUCUGUUAAAAAGACAAACAAGUGCUCUCUGGUUUGGGAGGGUACAGCGAAGGAUCGCAGCUUUGGUGAAAUGAAAUUUAAGCAGUGCCCCACUGAAAACAUGGCACGGGAGCACUUUAAAAAACACGGAGCUGAGCAUUACUGGGACCUGGCUCUGAGCGAGUCCGUGUUGGAAUCCACAGACUGAGGGUGCUGCUGCCCCCAGCGUUCCCAUUGUUAAUUUGAAAACAGUACCUGGCUGAAAACUUGGACAGAAUUCCCUUCCUCCCCUCAGAUCCCCACAGUACGUUGCAUAUGAUUAAAGAAAUAUUUUUAAAACAACAAUCACAGCUACACUGUUUUCUAGAUAAACCCAACUCUUGGAGAUUGUGGUGCAAAACCACUGGAAAGUGGUAUCCGCCAGAGAAUUCAGUUUUGAGGAGGUGGGAGGGGCAGAGAAAAUUUUCAGUAGUCUCUUUAGUCCUUCACAUACAGCUGUCUCAAAUGGAGGUACAAACACUUCCUUGCUUUGUCAGCUGUUCCGUAGAUGAGGUCUGACAUUGGACAAACUAUAUGGUGCAUACAAUCAGAGAUUGUUCCUUUGGUGGGCAGGGAGGCAGUUUGGGAGCAGCCCCGAAUGGUCUGAGGAUGCAGUAUGGAGCAUUUGAAUUUGUAAAGCAGAGUAGGAGAUGGGGA